GAAAGAUUUUGAAGUACUGGAGCAUGACAAAGGUUUUCCAGAUUGUCACUCAGGGAUCAAUACAGUAGGAACACAAUGAUUACCAAAUGCUGGAUGCUGUUGUUCUGUCUCUGUUGCCAUCAUGAGAUCCUGCCGGCUGCAUGUAAACCCACCUGGAUGACAAGGCAGUUUCCUUGUGAUGUCAUAUCCACCAAUACCUCUGAGGUCAAAUUUGACUGUAAAGGGCGUCAUCUAGAGAAAGUACCAGAAGGAAUAACCAGUAAUGCCACGGAUCUAGACUUAUCUGAAAAUUUUAUUAAGAGUAUUAAAGCUGAUUCACUUUCUAAUCUGCUGAAUUUGACUCAGCUCAAUCUCAACUUUGCAAACAAGCCCAAGAAUGGUUAUGGCUGCAGAAAAUUGAACAUUUCUGCAAAUGCUUUCAAAAAUCUCACAAAAAUCAAGCAACUGGAACUGAGCGGCAACUGUCUGACUGAAAUUCCACGCAAUCUCCCCCACAGUGUGGAAAAUCUUGACCUAAACAUUAACAAGAUUAGUUUGGAUAAAUUGAACAAUUGCUUUAUAGGCUUAAAAAACAUAACAAACCUGUUACUAUCUAAAAACUGCUACUUCUGGAAUCCUUGUGGGAAGUCUGUUGCUAUUAUGGAAAAACCCUUUCAAAUACUGGACAAACUGCAGGUUCUUGACUUGUCUUACAACAACUUAACACAGGUUCCUAAAGGACUACCCCAAUCACUAACAUCUUUACAUAUGGAUUCCAACAAAAUAGAGUACAUAUCUAAAGAUGAUUUCCAGGGGUUGCUAAAUUUAAAAGUCCUGGAUAUACAAGGCAACUGUCCAAGAUGUCACAAUGCUCCAUACCCUUGUGUACCUUGCCCUAACGGUUCUAUUGACAUACAUCCUGAUGCAUUUCAAAGACUGACACAGCUUGAGACACUGAACCUGGGAGGAAACUCACUAAAUUACCUUGAUCCCUCUUGGUUUCAAAGUCUAACGAAUCUUAAAGAAUUAUUUGUGGCAUUUAACUUUUUACAAAAAGCUUUAACUGGUGAGGACACACCAGUUAAAGCUUUCAGCUAUCUUCACAGGCUGGAAAAAAUUGACCUGUCAUUCAAUUAUGCUCUCAGAUUGUACCCAGAAAAACUAACACUUUCAAAAGACUUUUCACAGCUCAGCUCACUGAAAACUUUGCAUUUGGAGGCUUUGGUAUUCCAGAGAAUUGGACCAGAAACACUCACACCUCUACACAAUCUAAAAAAUUUAUCUGCUUUGAAUUUAGGCACUAACUUCAUUAUUUAUAGCAACUCUACUUUAUUCACCAAUUUCUCCCACUUAAGAAUGAUAUAUCUAGCCGAAAACAGGUUAUAUCCCACAACAAUAGAAAGUCCACCAACUCCAACAGACAGAUACAACCAGAAUUCAGACCUUUCUAUUUCACCGUCCAUAUCAACUACUCCAAAAGACUUUAGCUACGAGAUAUCACACAGCCUAAUAAAGCAAGAGUGCUUUGACUCUGGACGAGUGCUCAUCCUCAGCUCAAAUAAUCUGUUCUUCAUUUCUCCAAAGCUAUUUGAGGGAUAUGGAAAUAUUUCAUGUCUCAACCUCUCAGGAAAUGGAUUUUCACAGGCACUUAAUGGCACAGAGUUCAAGAUGUUGCCUAAUCUGACAUAUCUCGACUUAUCUUUCAAUAAGGUUGAUCUGGCCUAUAACAACGCCUUCAAAGAACUAAAGAAAUUACAAGUACUAGACCUCAGUUACAAUCCACACUACUUUAAAGCAUUUGGGGUAACGCUUAAUUUAAAUUUUACACAAAAUCUACCUGUGCUAAGAGUCCUUAAUUUGAGUCAUAAUGAGAUUUCCACACUGACAACAAAAGAAAUGUAUAGCAAAUCAUUAGCAGAUCUAAGGUUUGCACAUAAUAAUUUGGGGAAACUUUGGAAAGACAGGGAUAGCACAUACAAGAAACUUUUCACUAAUCUUUCUAAUUUGACAGUUUUAGAUAUAUCCUUUAAUGGCAUUGCAAAGAUUCCAGAUGAUGUUUAUAAAUAUUUGCCACGUAAUCUGACCACACUGCACAUAAAUCAUAACUGCCUCAGCGAUUUUAGCUGGGACAAACUGCCUUUCCACCAACUACAGAGUUUAGACCUGAGCUACAACCAUCUGUCUACUUUAACAACUAUUAACUCAAACAUCACACAAACUUUGAUUUUCCUUGACCUGAGUCAUAAUCACAUUUCCCAAGUGCACGAUGGUUUUUUACAGAGUUUGAAAAGUCUCAGGACUCUCAGCCUUAGAAACAACAAACUUACUAUUGUCAAUCGAACUACCUUCAAAUCAGGACCUGAAUUUCAGACUUUGUUCCUACAGAGAAAUCCAUUUGAGUGUACUUGUGAUUCCAUAGACUUUAUUUUAUGGAUUGAACAGAGUGACAUAAAGAUCCCAAGACUGACUACUCAGGUGACAUGUAACACACCAGUGAACCAGAGGAACAAAAUACUGAUAAAUUUUAACAUUAAUCAGUGUGUAAAUGCGGAACAGGCAAAGCAGAUCUACGCUCUAACAACUUCUAUCAUUAUUCUUUUCAUGAUUGUUUCGACAGUUGCUCACUUAUUUUACUGGGAUGCUUCCUAUGUCCUACACUAUAUGAAAGCUAAGCUGAAAGGGUACAGAUCCUUGAACUCGCCAGAUACUAUUUAUGAUGUCUUUGUGACAUAUGACACAAAAGACCCACAGGUCUCUGAGUGGGUGAUGAGCAAUCUGCGGGUGCAACUGGAGGAAGAGGGAGACAAGUAUCAUCCACUGUGUCUGGAAGAGAGGGACUGGCCCCCAGGAGUCCCACUGGUGGACAACCUCACCCAGAGCAUCCAGUACAGUCGCAAGACCCUGUUUGUCUUAACAAAGGGCUACGUUAAGACCGGUGCUUUCAAGCUAGCAAUGUAUCUGGCUCACCAAAGACUGCUGGAUGAAAAUGUGGAUGUGAUAGUACUGCUAAUGCUGGAGCCUGUCCUGCAGCAUUCUCACUUUCUGCGCUUGAGGAAGCGACUGUGCGAGAGCAGUGUUGUAGAGUGGCCGCGAACAGCAGCCGCAGAGCCCUGGUUUUGGCAAAACCUGAGAAGUGUCAUAAGAGUAGAUAAUCAAGUGAUGUACAACAAGACCUAUUCAAAAUACUUCACCACCAAGUGAAGAAGGAUAAUAACAUGAGCUUGUUAUAUAACCAGUGCUUUUAUAUAUCAUUUCUUGUUUGGUCUUUUUAAAGUGUGUCUUCUUUGACUGAACUGUUUUUAAGAACUAAUUUCAUUAUAGUUGUUGAGUUAUUGACUUAUUCAAAAUGCUUCACCACCACGUGAAGAAGGAUAAUCAUCACUUAUCUGCCUGGGACUGAUUUGUAAUGCUAGUCUGCAGACAAUAACAUGAUCCUGCUUUAAAAUCA